AUGGCUGCCGAGCCCGCCAAAGAGGUCGAUGUUAAGACCACGGCCAUGAAUACGAUAAUUGAUGACUGCGCAGAGGGCGAAAGUGCGGCGAUCUAUAUUGACCCAAAGAAAGAAGCAGCAGCGCUGGCGAAAUUCGACAAGACGGUGCUGCCCGUAUCCAUGAUUUUUUUGAUUUUAUCUAGCCUUGACCGUAACAAUCUCGGCAACGCCCGUGUUUUUGGAUUCGAUGCUGACAUUGGCCUCACUGGCGGCGACUUUGGCAAUAUAACGACACUAUCUAGUGUUUGCACCAUUGUUUUUGAACUUCCGUGGGUUCUUGCCGUCCGUCGUUACGGUGCGACCAAGGCAAUUGGGACUGCGUUUGUUUUGUGGAGUCUGUGUACGCUGGGCACUGCAUUCAUCCACACUUACGGCCAGGCCAUCGCCUGUCGUAUGCUGCUCAAUGCAGCCGAGGCGGGCCUUGCACAGAGUUUUGCGUACCUAUUUUCAACCAUAUAUCCACGGGAGACGGCUGGCAAACGCAUCAUGACGACCAACCUCGCACAGUGCAUCUCUGGCUCAUUUGGUGGACUUUUUGCGUACGCUGUCCAGACAAUGGGCGAACGCCGCGGCCUUGCAGCUUGGCGCUGGCUGUUUAUCAUCGAGUUUUGUAUCACGAUCGUCAUUGGCGGCAUUGGCUGGCUAUUCAUUCCCACGUCUGCCGAGUCAGCUUGGUUCCUGACCAAGGAGGAAAAGGAGACCAUGCGACUAAAGAAGCAGCGCGAUAUUAUGCACCGAGGCGACACCAAGUUUGAGCGCAAGUGGAUCCGGAUUGCGCUGUUGGAUCCCUUUGUGUGGAUGUUGGCCAUCGCCUUCUUUACGUCGUCUAUUGCAAUCAACGGGUUUGGCGUCUUUUUGCCGACCAUUCUUUCUGGCCUUGGGUUUGCCUCGUUGACUGUGAACUAUCUCACAAUUCCAGUUUAUAUCUUGGGCGCAAUCUCGCUCGUGAUUCAGUGCUAUUUUUCCGACAAACUCCGGCAGCGUGGUGUCUUCAUUAUCGCAUCAUGCAUCCCGGUAUCUGUGGGAUACCUUAUUUGUGUCGGCACUUCCAAUCAACAUGCCGGUUACGCUGGCAUGUUCAUUCUUGUGUUGGGUCUUUAUUCUAUCUCGACACUGGCCGUCACUUGGAUAUCGACCAACCUGUCCCCAGACUCUAAGCGCGCCAUUGGUAUGCCCAUUGCAUACUCCAUUGCCAACAUUUCCGCUGUCGUGUCUGGGCAGCUGUAUCCUGACCAGCAUGGGCCGCGAUACAUCCCGGGCAAUGCAAUCUCGGCGGGCCUCUCGGUCGUUGCAGGACUUUUGUACGCCUCCUGCUAUUUUUUGUUGCGGCACCGCAACGCCAAGAAGGCCAAGUUGCUCAACGAGGGCGCGACGACCAACGGCUUGGAAGGAGACCAGAGUCUCGAGUCAAUGUAUAUUCUUUAA